AUGAAGGAUAAGAUAAUUCAUCUCGGAGAUGCUGAGUCGUUGACAAAUAAGCUUAAAACUAUUGUUCGAGAAGCAGGAUCUCUGAGAAACGGAGGCCAAAACUCAAAGUUUAUGAACGGAAAAGCGAGAGAUACAGAAGAAGAGACUCGAUAUGAAGUUGGUGGGCUUACUUAUUAUCGUAACCGCGUCGCUUCUGGUUGUGCCGCCAAUGCUUCCGCCAUUGCCGCCACCGCCGAUGAUGUUGAUGUUCUUUCCGGUGGGGAUUCUGGCGCUUCUUAUGUUAUUGGUGAUCCCGCCGGUUGA